AUGAUGUUUAAGCCACCUAAACUCAAGAAUUAUAUAGAGCUGGAACUCUCGGUACAAAAGGUGCCUUCUAUGAAUCAAAAUGAUCGGCGAGGGUCGGGUGGCGUAGUGGAAACCGUGCGUUUCAUUACUGGCACGGCUCUGGUUCGACACUCCUGUAGGUCGACCAUGCUCCUAAUACCUCCUACUCGUUGCUGGGAAUUUUUUAUCAGGAUUGUCUGGGUGUGCCUCACUCUCGCAAUCCAAAUCGGAAAGCUAAACCCAGGGCUCUCACGAAUCCACGGAUAUUCUACUCAGGUGGCAAUCAAAGGCAUUCGUAAAAAGGACGAUAAUCCUCAAGGUCGUGUAAAAUGA